GAUACAUUUAAUUAGUGUAUUGUAUAGGAUUUUAGUUUAUUAUAUAUAUGAGAUAUGUAAUGGGAUAAUGUAAUUUUUCUCUUCUGAUGAAUGAAAUCUGCCUAUCGGCUUUACUAAACGACAUGGUAUCAGAGGUGUAAUCCACCUUUCUUGCUUUCUUUGAUUUUUUGCCAUUUCCUUUUCGUCUUCACGAGGGUUCCAGGAGAAGGGAACAUCUCGUUCCAGUUUCUCUUUCCUCUGCUUCUCGAUCUUUCUUCGAUCAUUUCGAUCCAGUUUUCCGCUCACUCUGUUCUUUGAUUCGUUCGUCUUUCUAUGAUGAUUGCCGAUUCGUUCGUUUCUCAGCGACGAUCGUGAGUCUUGAUUCCGAUUGCUCAGUUUCUUUUCCAGUCGAUUCAUCAGCCGCUUCAGAUCUAGAUCGAUGGCGUCCUUCUCAGCUGUUAAUGCGACGUUUGGUCCACCGCCUUCUGGAGCUGCGUCUGGCGGUGUUCCUCCGGUUACUGCGAUCCCUAGCAGUGUUCCUCCGGUUAGCGCGAUGUCUGGUGGAUCUGCGUCCAUCGGUGCUACACUGUCGCCGGCGCAUCCAUUCUUUGUGGCCAACGACGAUCUUUCUGCUCAGCAAUUUGUUAUAGUGCUGCUUUCUGGUUCCAACUAUCACAGCUGGGGGCGAUCAAUGCGCAUGGGGUUACAUGCAAGAAACAAGCUCCCGUUAAUCGAUUCUCCUUCAUCGGUCCCGUCGCCAGAUGUUCCUCUCUGGAGUGCUUGGGAUCAGGCUAAUGUUCUCGUGCUAGGAUGGAUUCAGCGGUCUGUUGCUCCUGAGAUUGCACAGAGUAUUCUGUGGUUUAAUACAGCGGUAGAAGCCUGGGAGGAUCUUCGCGAACGUUUCAGUGAAGGAAAUGAGAUUCGUAUCUCGGAUCUCUAUGAUGAAAUCGCGGCUCUAAAGCAAGGUUCGCUGUCUAUUAGCUCUUACUUUACCAAAUUUCGUGUGCUGUGGGAAGAGUUUUUGAUUCUGCGACCUCUCCCUGUUUGCUCCUGCAAUCCUAAGUGUAUGUGUGAUGCUUCAUCGAUUCCGCGAGGAUAUAUGCGUAGGGAUCAGGUUAUUCGUUUUCUAAAGGGGCUGAAUGAGAGCUUUGGUCACAUUAAGUCACAGUUGUUGAUGAUGGAUCCACUGCCUUCCAUCAACAAGGUUUUUUCUAACCUAGCACAGCAUGAACGGCAGUCUGUUAAUCCGUCCUUACUCCCUACUGCCCUAGCUGCUCAUACUCAUGGAGCUUUAAAGGGACAACAUUCUAGCCAAGGAGGUUCUUCCAAGGGUCAGACUUCUAAUGCUUCAGGACAAGGUGGGGGUAAGAAGCGACCUUAUUGCACUCACUGUGAAGGUUAUGGGCAUACGGUGGAUCGGUGCUAUAAACUUCAUGGGUAUCCACCUGGAUACAAGCAUCGCCGUGUUAAUGCUGCUGUGACAGAGGUUGAUCAACUUCAUUCUACUGAAGGAGUUGUUGGCAAUGAAUCUGUGGUGCUUACUAGAGCCCAACAUCAGUCCUUACUACAUCAGAUGCAAUCUCCGCAAGUUCAGCAUCUUCCUGCUACUCCUGCAGUCAACCUGGUCACGUCUACAAGACAAAUGACUCCUACACCAGCUGCUCCUGCUUCUAUUCCAUCAGCUGCUGCUCCUGUCACUCUUCCAUCAACUGAUGAUUCUUCCUAUAUCCCUCAACCACUUGGGGACAAUGAUAUUACCACAGAAGAUACAUGUACCAUCCUAUCAUCUUCAAACUUAGCUUUGAAUUCUAUGGAUUGGAUAGUGGAUAGUGGGGCAACUGAUCAUGUUGUGUCGGUUCUACACUUAUUUUAGACUUAUAGAACAAUAAACAACAUGUCAGUAUCAUUACCAAAUGGUGUUAAAGUUAGAGUUACCCACAUAGGAACUAUUCAAAUCACUCCUAUGCUUACUUUACAUGAUGUAUUAUACAUUCCAGCGUUUUCUUUCAAUCUCAUUUCAGUGUCUAAACUAGUAAAAUCUUCAAAGUGCG